UGCCGCUGACUGGCGACUUAACUGCAAGCUGGCCUCCAUGGAGGAGAGCUUCUUCCUUUCCUCAUCCCCACUGCUCUGUAUAAUCCAUUGUUAGGGUUCCACGAGCAACCAUGAACUUCAAGUCUAUCUUCCUGUCUUUUUUCUUGGUCCUGGCCGUCGGGCUGGCCCUGGUCCACGCCGAAGAGUCUAAGGAGCCUCGGGGACCUAAGAUCACCAGCAAGGUCUACUUUGACAUUGAGCACGGUGACAAGCCUCUCGGUCGAAUUGUGCUUGGUCUGUACGGAAAGACUGUUCCCAAGACCGCUGAGAACUUCCGCGCUCUGGCUACUGGCGAGAAGGGUUUCGGAUAUGAGGGAUCUACCUUCCACCGUGUUAUCAAGGACUUCAUGAUCCAGGGCGGUGACUUCACCCGUGGUGACGGCACCGGCGGCAAGUCCAUCUACGGCGAGAAGUUCGCCGACGAGAACUUCAAGAUCAGGCACACUCGCAAGGGUCUCCUUAGCAUGGCCAACGCCGGCAAGGACACCAACGGUUCUCAGUUCUUCAUCACCACCGCCAUUACUGCGUACGUUCAGCCCGGAAUAACUCUGCCGACGAAGAUUAGUUGCUAACUGUUCGCUCUAAUAGCUGGCUUGAUGGCCGCCACGUUG